AUGUCUGACAUCCGCAUUUCUAACGGGGAGCUGGACGUGGAACAAGAGCCAGUGACCUUCGAGGAGGUGGCUGUGUAUUUCACCAGGGAAGAGUGGGCUCUGCUGGACCCCGCUCAGAGAGCCCUCUGCAGAGCCGUCAUGCAGGAGAACUAUGAGAACGUGACCUCGCUGGGUGUUGGGAUGGAGAGUGAGACCGAGAAGCAGAAACCUCAGGAAGAAGAUGCUGAGCCAGUGGAAACACAGGGGGUAUCAUUGCAAAAAUCCAAAGGGAAGGUGCCCGUGAGUCAUGACCAGGGAAAUGCCUGUGAGAAACAGCUUAGACCAGAGAGGCAGAAGGCAAACAAGUCAGGGAAGAGAGGGGGUAAAUCCAUCCGUUGUUGGGAAACGCACAAAGACCUCAAUGAAACCCCAGCCCAGCCGAGAAACCUCACGGAAGAGAGAAAAAACACAUGUAUUGAGUGUGGGAAAAACUUCAGUAACCGCUCAGGCCUUAUUAACCAUGAGAGAAUCCACACAGGGGAGAGACCGUAUGAAUGCAGCGAGUGCGGGAAAACCUUCCCUCGGAGCUCAGCCCUUAUCAUACAUCAGAGAAUGCACACGGGAGAACGACCCUACGAAUGCUGUGAGUGCGGGAAAACCUUCAGUAACCACUCAGACCUUAUUCGACAUCAGAGAAUCCACACAGGUGAGCGGCCCUAUGAAUGCAGCGAGUGUCGGAAAACCUUCAGUUACCGCUUGGCCCUUACUGAACAUCAGCGAAUCCACACAGGGGAAAGACCUUAUGAAUGCAGUGAGUGCGGGAAAAGCUUCAGUUACCGCUCAGAUCUCAUUAGACAUCAGAAAACCCACACCGGAGAGAGACCUUAUGAAUGCUGUGAGUGCGGGAAAAACUUCACUGACAGAUCAGCCCUUAUUAAUCAUCAGAGAAUUCAUGUGGGAGAGAGACCCUAUGAAUGCUCCGAGUGUGGGAAAAGCUUCAGUUACCGCUCAGACCUCACUACGCAUCAGAGAACCCACACCGGAGAGCGACCCUAUAAAUGCAGCGAGUGCGGGAAAACCUUCAGGCAGAGCUCACACCGCAUUCGACAUCAGAAAAUCCACACGGGUGAAAGACCUUAUAAAUGCUGCGAGUGCGGGAAAAGCUUUGCUGACAGUUCAGUCCUUAUUACGCAUCAGAGGAUCCACACGGACGGGAACAUUGGUAUUAUGAUGCUGAAUGAGACAGUACUGACUGAAGCAGAUUUGAACGGAUCGGAGGAGAAUGAGAUGAGAGAAUCGGUGGUCCUGAUUCUGAGUCAUCAGAUGUAA